AUGUCCGACCACGAAUCUUCACUCAACUGGGGCGACGAGUUUUCCUUCCUCAUCUUCGACUACUCACUUCUCUCUGACGAUGAGACCUUGGUUCAGCUCUUCCUCGCAUGUGUGAUGAUCAGGCACCAGUCACUCAGAAGAGGAGACGGGGAACAAGAUGUUGAUCCUUCUCACUGGGUAAACUUCCCAUGGCGGGUUAUGGAGACCAUCAAACCGCGUUUCCAAGUUCAAAACGAAGGCGGCUUUCCAAUCGACCUGAACUCUGAACCCGCACCUGCUAAGCCAGUGCCCGUUUCCGGCGUUGGCCAUCAUAUUGAGCAAGGUAAGUGGCUCACACAGCCGCCUCAAGACGCCGCUCUUCCCUCUCCGCGAGACGAUUCAAUGCUCGCCUACCUACGCACUGAGUUCGAUAAGGGUAGCGCGGUCACUGGUGAACCAUUCAACAUCCGGUACGAGCUAGGUAUGUUCCACCGAGACCUCUACCAGCAACUCACGAUGUAUCACUACCGCCGCCUGCGCAGCAUCGGUUCCAUCACAGGACAAGUCGUCGCUGCACGAGCCAACAGCCUGUGGGCGAGUAAUCCAUCCCUACGCCGCUUCGAAGAGCAGCACGAGACGGUACCAUGGGGCGUCCCGGUACCUUUUCUAACCUUCCAGUUCCUCAACUUUCUCCCGGGGCCCAUCGACCCCGGUCCGGGUCUGGAACGAUCUUGGAUCGUCUGUAGUCCCGUCGCCCGCGUCGCCUACGUCCGGAUCAAGCCGGGCCGUGGUUAUACCGUGAACGGGAUGACGGUCGAGGAGGCGGAGUGGAUGAUUGGCGGGAUGAGGCUUCUCCACGUGGAGAUGCUGCGUAUCUGGGGGCUCUGUCGUCGGCAGCCGAUGUUCUGGUCGGGUGAAGAUUUGGCCGCGUUUGCGCAGGACGUCUUUGAUGGUGCUGCGGUGAAAGGGAGAGUUCAUCUGGAUGCGAUCUCGAGUGCCAGGGAACAUUGGAGGUUUAUCCGGGAGGUGGAGGGUGUUUGA